UGCGCUCUUCGCAGGUUCUACUAGUAUAUUCCGACAGAUGCUUUUGACAUCGUGAAGUCAGUCACAGAGUUUGAACGAGUUAAGAUACCACGGUGAACUUCUAGAGGAACUCGAGCGCCUGAUUAAAGUCUGCCAGCAUUCGAUAAUCAGGGUACCUGGUAUAUCAGCCCAAAGCGGCGGUGCAUCCAAUGAGGUCUAUCGGAUAUCUCAGACCUUGCCAGUGAGCGCCUACAAGGCGGGCGUCAGCCUGCGAAAAGGCAGCGACAAUGGCUCGACGAUAUUCAAUCUUGAAGAUGGACCUGAACUGGAAGAGAUGUCGAUGGGUAUAACCCUUCGAGCUACCUUUCGGUAUCGUCGCCGAACACGAUGGUGUUCAAAAGUUACAGAAAUACGGUUCCAACAACAUGAGCCACCAACCCUCUCAUCACCACCAGCACCACUCUACUAUCAUGGUGUUGCAGAAUCCUUCAACCAAUACCGCAAUCGAAGGAAAUCCCAGCACCCCAACAGAAAUUACAAUGAUGCAAGAACAGAGACUUGAUUCUAUCCUAGAGCAGUUCGGCUUGUCUAUGACUGGAGGAAGGGCGGCCAAAGAGAAACGCUUGAGACAGUAUAUUGGUCUUCCACCAGUUGCUGGUUCAUGGAUCUCUAAGUGGAGGUGGAAGUGGAAGCGAAGUCAAGAAUAACCUGGCCGACAAGCUGUAUCAUUCGAGCCGUGUAAUGAGGGUGAGCCCAGAGCAGUUCUUAUUACAACGUACACUGGCAGUUGUACAUUGCUUUAGCUGCCAAGCUUCUCUGAGGACUGCGAGACUCCGAGUCGGGUUUCCGUGUCGCGUGUAAUAGAGAAGCAAACAAUAAGCAAACAGAACAGGUGCACAACACCUACUAUCCCUUAACAUUGAUCAUCCCAGUCCCGAACGCCUCCUCAAUAUCGCUGCAGUCCAUCCCAACCUCCUCGCGUCGUUAUAAUCCCUCGGGCUCGUCGAGCGCAGGCAUAAACGUGACGUAGCAAGGCUGCACUGCAGCUUGCUAAGCGCCUCAACAUUGAUUACACCCACGUCGACUGCCUGGCCACUUUGGCUGUCUGCCUCUGUACAACGAACGGCACGAGCAUAAAACAUUCAGGACUGCCUUUUGUUCUCGAUCGCUCUGGAGGCAUGCACCUGUUUGGCUGUCCCGCCUUCAUUCACCAACCUCGAUGAGUCCACGACUGUCACUGCCGUACAAUGGAAGACCAUAGAGAGCACAGCGGGGAGACUGGCCAAAAUGGGCGGGAGACAUCAAGAGCGACGUCUCCGACGGGGACUGUGGCCAUGGAACAGUUGAAGAUAACGGACAUCGAACACCAGUCUAAGCGCAACCGUCCGCGGACGUUUCCAUACUUCAGCACCCUGCCUUACCCGGUGGAAGAUGAAGCACGAAGACAAAAAGACCUCUUGGAGAUCCUCAAACACCUUUACAUAGCCAUACAGGCAAGUGAUUUUACACCGGGGGCGGUACACUGGACCAGAGAACUCCGCAGCUGGCUGUCCCUCAAGUUCGAUCCAACCAAGGAACAACGGGUGAAGUUGGUCAAACUGUACUAUGAACUGGCACUGGCGCCUGGCAUUGACCCAGGGGUGAGCGAACGCUUUGCUAGCAUGUUCAUGCUCCUGACAAAGCGAAAGCACUACCUACGCCCUCUCCAAGACCUGACGCUCGACUGGCGACCACUGUAUAGGGAACUCAAAGUCUUCGUGUUACCGAGCGAGUCGGGGCUCAUGCAGACAACCAGUUUGAGGAGGAACAUCAAGACAUUGACCAAGAUCGCAUCCUUUGCGCAGCUGUACUUCGACCCUGAGGAUAUUCCUGCUAUGCUGGAGGAGUUCCUGCCCCAUUUCACCAUGUCGUCUGCAGAGGGAGCCUUCGUCGUAGUAGGACUACUCAACAUACUUCUGCCGACAAGCCCGCCUCCCCCCAACCGCUCCGACUUGGCUCCUCAGCAAUUCCUCCCGACUCUAUUCCACCUGUGGUCGCUGGUCAAUCGAUCUCGGACGGUGGAUGUGGCGUGUCUUGAUUUAUUUUCCCGACUCGCUCGCGAUUCCCUGUCCAGUCCACACGUAAAGUUCACCGAGUUUGGUAUUUUUACUUCGGAACAGUCGACCUUGAUCACCACCGCCAUUUUGCGCCUGUUGGAGAUUCCAGUCGGCCAGUCAACUUCACCCUACAGUACGCUGGUAGACCUAUCGGCCGGCAUGGGCAUCUUGCUUGAGAGGGACUCGCGAAAGCAUCCUGUGUCACAUCACGUGGCUCGUUGGUUUGUCAUGUCCCUCUCGCCGGCCUGUCUGACACAGUCAACCUCCGUGCUGUCCCUCUUGGAGACGUUGAUCCAGGCAGUGGAGACGUUCUUCCACCCUUCCAAUUCGGGCUCGUGGACACGGACUUUGGCGCAGCUCGUAUUCUACCUCGCGGAUUUCUUUGUUAUGCGCUGGAACCGAGAACGGAAUGGCGAGAUGGAUGUGCCAGAGGAGCGUAAACUCAAUGAGCCUCUCCGCAAGCGGUUCGUGUUGUGUCUCCGAGAAGUCAUUUUUAUGGGCAUCUAUGCAAAGAGCGGCACCGCAAUGAGCUAUUCACUAUCCACGCUCCAGGCUCUCGCCUUUCUCGAGCCGGACUUGAUCCUGCCGGGGGCGCUGCAGCGUAUCUAUCCGUCCAUGCAGGGACUGGUUGAAGUGCAUCGUACUAUCUCGUCCUUGCGAUCUCUGCAGAUCCUCGCGAGGACCAUGAUCAGAACCAAAGGCUACCGUUGUCACGUCACUGCUCUGCUGGGUCUGGCACUUCCGGGCAUUGACGCCAACGAUUUGGAGAAGACCCUGUAUACCUUGUCAUUUUUCGCCAACGUCUGUUACAACAUUCCUUUCGAAGACCUCUCCAAAGGUCGGGAAGACAUACAAGGUAACAUGCUGGCAAUGGAUUGGAUCACCGGGGAGAUGGAGCGCAUGGAGCAGGAAGGCGCCAGUGUAGAACUGAACUAUGCCUCGUUGAAUGACAAGGACGAAGAGAUGAUUCUCGCUUCAUCCACGGCGGGUCUCAGCGAGUUUGUCUCCUCGUUUUUGGGCAGGGUCUUUACGCUCCUGGAAAAUCUACCGGAUGCGGCCAGGGUCCGGAGUGGCUCGCCCGAAGAGAACAUCGUCAACACCCUACCCGCAGCCUUCAUGCCAUUGCUGGCUUCGCUGUCGCCUGGGCUGUACGACCUGGCCUUGAACAAGGUCGUCGACUUCGUCGCGAACCACGUGAUACAUCAGUCUCGGGAUGCCAUGGCGUUCAUCUGCAACUGUCUCUGCAAAGUCAAUCCCGAGAAAGCCUUAGCCAGGUUUAUUCCCGUUCUGAUCGGGUCCAUUCGCACGGAAAUCGACGAGAAUGGUGCUGGCUCCACUCGCAAUGCAGCCUCGGAUGUCCUCCCACGAGACAGAGGCUUGGUCUGGAACAUCAGCAUGCUGAGCAUGUGUGUGGUGCACGUUGGCUCCGCCGUCCUCAAAUACAAGCAGGAGCUGUUUGAUAUAGCCGUGUACAUGCAACAAAAAUGCAAAGGCAUGCCCACCGUGCACGUCUCGAAUUACGUACAUCAUCUGCUCCUCAACCUGACCGUCACCUACACCACCGACUAUGCGCUUUAUGAACCAGACAGAGUCGCCAACGGCGUAACUGCGGAUUUGUGGGGUCUUUCAGAGCCACCGUCGGCGAUCAAGCCCAAAUGGCACGUUCCUUGCCCAGAGGAAAUCGACUUUGCUGUGGAACUUUUCCAGAACCAAGCAGAAAGCGCGCUAAAGCAUCUCACGGGUCUCAUCAGAGGUACGUCAAGCAUCAAGCGGGAUGGAAGCGGUAAAGAAUGGUCUGAUGAGGUUUCGAGAAACCUCGUGUUGCUGCGCCUCUUGCUCGCCGGAGUAUCGGUGCUUUUCGACGCCAAAGGUGUCAAUGAGGGACUCGCCACAACCGCAACCGGCCUUGACGCCAACGCUUCUAUGUCCCAGGCAAAUGGGCAUGUGCCGGAAGAUGGAGAUGAUUCUGCUGAAGCAGAUGCUUCUCUCGAUGGUACCGACGAGACCUCGAUCCGACCAUCUUUCCAGUACCCUGCGGGCGAAGUCCUACAACCCGGAGAUGAGAAAUACAAAUUGGUCCACCGGCUCCGUCAAGAUAUAGGCCGCGUUCUGCAUGAGGUGCACGAAUUCCUGACACGUGAGGGUGAAGAUGAUGUGUCCUCGUUCGCGCCGUUAUACACUGCGUACCGAUCCUGGUUUGUCGACGUGGGGAUUGAACGGUCAGCGCAUGUGCUUGACAGGGUUACGCGCCUCCUGCAUGCGGACGAGCAGCCUUACAAAGUGAGUGGGGUGAGGAAAGACUACCCUCGCUCCAUCCUCGUGAGGCGGGCCAAUGUCUAUCAUACCCAACGGCUGCGCCAUAACGCGGCACCUCGGCCACGCUCCGAGCUCGAUGAGCGACUUCUUUUGGAUCUCACGGAGUCGUCGGUGUCAUUGUACACUGAAGUCCGUCGCAACGCUCAGAGUGCUGGGGAGUCAGCUCUGAAGGUUGUCUUUGGUGCUCGUCUCUUUGUGAUCCCUCCGCUCCUGGCUUCGUUCCAAAAGGCUGUGGAGAAGCACGAUUUCCCCCGGAUCAAAGGCAGUCUGUUCGCGCUUUUGUUCGGCAGUCUAGCGAAGACAGUGGGUAGACAUUGGAAAUACACCCCGACGGUGAUCAGAACCUUCAUCGAAGCCAGCACGGCUGAUAAACCAUCAAUCCAAAAACUCUGUAAUGGUGGUCUGUUUCAAAUCAUGGACUACGGGCGGCCUGGUGAUCGCAUGGCAAUCAUAGACAAAACGGUCGUCGAUCCUUUCGCGCCGGACGAGGACGUGAAUGGCACGGUGGCGAAGAAGAAGGCCUUCGUGUUGAGCAAACGCGCCAAUAUCGAACGGAAGAAGAUAGAGUUGGCGGAAGAGCUUAUCGAAGUGGCACGAGUCUCACAUUGGAAGAAAGCUACGCGCGUCGCUAGCCUCGUGAUGUCCUUGGGGAUGCGGUUCGACCAUAUUUGUUCAGACAACAUGAUCGAUCUGAUUACCCGUGGAACUGUGGAUCCCCACCCAGGGCUGCGAGGCUUGUACUCGCAAGGCUUGGUGGCUUUGUUCACUAUGACCGAUGUCCGAGCUGUCUGCAACCAUGACUACGCAAACUACAUUCAGGCACGGCAGGAAUUCCCGGCAAAGGUGAAAGUGCCUGUUCGUGCAGAGGAGGAGGGCUGGACGGAGAAUUACCUGAACUCGUUUGCGCAGCCAGAAACUGAAGUGUACAUUGACCAUGAUUACCCGGGAUGGCUGGUGUGGUCAAAGUUUAUGCCUGGCUACAAGGCGAACGUGCAGAACGAUAUCCUGUACGAUGAGCUCGAAUGGAAAAAACGGACAGUCAUUGGCAAGCUCCUCGAUCGAGAUUGGUUCGUCAAGUUCUUCAAAUACCUCAAGCAAGAGCCUCGAGAUCAAUCUGCCGACAAGUUCCGCAUGGCCAGUGCCGCAAUGCUGACAUAUGCGUUUGAGCUCAUCAUCCGUGACAGUCUGGCUGUUGCAACUUUUGAAGAGAUCAAGGAAGAAACCCUGGCCGUGUUCGAGGAUGGCAGUGACAAACACCAACACCGUGCGACCGCGGAGAUCCUCGCGGGCUUGGUGACGUCGGUCAUGGACAACUCGAUUGACCGGAGGACAAUGGUAUGGGAGUUCGCCUUCCCUAUUAUUCAACGAGUCUUCUCUGAUGGCCUCACACCAGAGAACUCGGGGUACUGGACCACCUUCCUUCACAUGAUCCUGCAGGCUAGGGACCCGCGUCGAGCAUGGCCACUCGUGGAAUGGCUCUCGAAUUUCCGCUUGGACAUGGGCUCCAAUGCUGCUUUCAAGGAAAGCUCAAAAAUCCAUCUCCUCCACCAGGUGAUCAUGGAUGCAGGAUGGCACUUCCGGUUGGAAAAGCCGAUCACCGAGGACUUCAUUCGUCACAUCGAUCACCCGUACAAAGGAGUGCGCGAGGCGAUGGCGCACACGCUCGCCACCAUCACUCGCACCCGGUAUCAUGAAUCAUUCAAGAACGUCGAAGAGCUCAUGGCGGUGCAGAAGGCUGCUGGCCCUAUUGGCAUGCAACCUUAUCUACCCACAAAAGAGUUCGAUGAAAUGAUGCAUGACAUCUUCGACCGGAUCGAAAAGUGGCGGCACGAACGUACACCGGGUCAGCAAACUCCCUCAGCCUAUACCUCCGGAUCCAAGACCGUGCUGUUGUGGCUCGAUUCAAUGCUUUCGUCGUAUGAGUGCACGCAGCUUCUCACCUAUUUCCCUGACCUCUUUACGGAACAGUUCUUACACAUGAUGGAUGUCAAGGAGGAUCCUGAGCUGCAGUCGUUGGCAUAUCAUGUGUUCCGGCAUCUGCCAAACAUCCCUCACCGCAUUGGAGAGGAUCGGCGACUGAUCGAGUCGCUGAUCCGGAUAGGUAGGACAUCUUCCUCGUGGCAUCAGCGGCUUCGAGUGAUGAUCAACAUCCAGAUCAUAUUCUUCCGCCGUUUGUUCCUUUUGGCCGAAGACAGCAAACAGAAGCUGUUCGACUGCGUUGCGGAGAUGCUGGAGGAUUCACAGCACGAGGUUCGUGCCGGUGCGGCUACAACCCUGUCGGGAAUGAUUCGUUGCUCGCCGGUGGCCCUUCGAGAGAAGAUGAUCGUCAAACUGCGCGAUCGUUUCACACAAAUGCUCAUCGAUAAUCCAUUGCCCAAGAAGCCCAAGCGUCAUCUGGGCGGCGUGGCAGCGGAGCUGUCUUCUGCGCGGACUUCGGGGACUAAUACACCCACGCCUGAGGCACAACGGCUGGUCAUAACCCGCCAUGCAGCCGUUCUCGGCCUAGGAGCUCUUAUCCAAGCGUUCCCCUACUCGAGCCCGCCGCCGCCGUGGAUGCCCGAUGUCCUCGUGACAUUGAGUACUAAAGCCGCGAAUGACCCAGCGACCGUGGGGAACAGCGUCAAGAGCAUCAUCAGUGAUUUCAAAAAGACAAGACAAGACACUUGGCAUAUUGAUGUAAAGGCCUUCAAACCAGAGCAAAUCGAGGAUCUUUCUGGGGUGUUAUGGAAGAGCUAUUUCGCCUAGAAGCAGGGUUGUACGGAGCAAGAGAACGACAGGAUAAAGAUGAUUUGUUCAAGCGACUGAGCAUAGCAUUGGCGUUUCGCGCUCGGUGCUUGGUGUCUUUGCCUGUGCUUGCCCGUAUCUGAAGCGGCACGGCAGACUUGACACGUGUAUUAUCAAGCUUCAAGAAAUGUUAGGAACUUGAAGUAAGGAAGAGUCUUCACUCUGUAAAGAGGGUGCUCGCCUCUGCUCAAAGAUUGGUCCAGGGACAGUGGAGUGGAUGGCGCUUCAGUUGACUCGCUCUGGAAGUUCCAUCUGAGAGCACAAUGGACCCGAGGGCGUAAAUAGACCCGUCCUGUGUACUGUGUAAGACUGACAUAGUCUCCCAUCCAGCUGGUUGACAAGGAAAAUGAAUUAUGGCGACAGUUCUGCAAUACCAUCAAGUCCGGAUCCUGGUCAGAAUCCAUCUUUACGUCGCUAGGGGCUCAAAGGACAGUGCGUCCA